AUGGUCAAGAAGAGGGCGAACAACGGCCGCAACAAGAAGGGCCGCGGCCACGUCAAGCCCGUCCGCUGCUCCAACUGCGCUCGUUGCUGUCCUAAGGACAAGGCGAUCAAGAGAUUCACCAUUCGCAACAUGGUAGAGUCUGCUGCUAUCCGUGAUAUCUCUGAUGCCUCCGUCUUCACGGACUACGCCGUUCCUAAGAUGUACCUGAAGCUCCAAUACUGCGUCUCCUGCGCUAUCCACGGCAAGAUUGUUCGCGUCCGCUCCCGGGAAGGUCGCCGUAACCGUGCCCCUCCCCCAAGGAUCAGGUACAACAAGGAUGGCAAGAGAUUGACUCCCACCCAGACCGCUAAGGCUCUGUAA